AUGGCUUCUUAUGUAAAGGAAAUCGGAGGGAAGCUUUCAAACGACCCAUUUUUUACAGAGGAGAUAGGCGGCGGCGGAGGAGGAGGAGACAAGAUGCGGCGAGUUUGGGUACCGGGACCGGUGAUAGUGGGUGCAGGGCCGUCGGGGCUAGCGGCGGCGGUAUGUUUGAAACAAAAAGGGGUACCGAGUAUUGUACUGGAGAGAUCCAACUGUAUAGCGUCGUUAUGGCAGUUGAAAACGUAUGAUCGCCUACGGUUGCAUCUACCGAAGCAAUUCUGCGAGCUGCCGUUUAUGAGUUUUCCGGUGGAAUUUCCGACGUACCCUUCCAAGAACCAAUUCGUAAGUUAUUUAGAGGUUUACGCUGAGAGAUUCGAUAUACGGCCGAGAUUCAACGAGACAGUAGCGGAGGCGGAGUACGAUCACACGCUCGGGUUUUGGCGUGUGAGGAGUAAGCAUGGCAAUCCCGACGAGAUCACGACGGUGACGGAGUACGUUUCACGGUGGCUGAUUGUGGCCACCGGUGAAAAUGCGGAGGCGGUGAUGCCGAAACUCGACGGAAUGGACGUAUUUGAUGGCCCGAUUAAGCACGCGAGUUUGUACAAAAGCGGCGAAGAGUUUGGCGGGAAGAAAGUUUUGGUGGUUGGCUGUGGGAAUUCCGGCAUGGAAGUUAGUUUGGAUCUCUGUGAACACAGAGCCAGCCCUUCCCUUGUCGUCAGAGACGCAGUCCACGUGCUGCCACGAGAGAUGCUGGGAAAAUCGACUUUUGGGCUGUCCAUAUGGUUGCUAAAGUGGCUGCCCGUACGUCUUGUCGAUGGGUUCCUGCUGAUGGUGUCCAGGCUGAUUCUUGGGGACACUGCCAAAUUCGGAUUGGACCGGCCCAUUAUCGGCCCACUUCGUCUCAAGAACCUGUCCGGCAAGACACCGGUCUUGGAUGUUGGUACCCUUGCCAAAAUCAAAACCGGACAUAUUAAGGUACGUCCAAGCAUCAAGCGGCUGAAACGUCACGCGGUGGAGUUUGUUGAUGGAAGAAUAGAAAGAUAUGAUUCCGUUAUAAUGGCUACUGGUUAUAGAAGCAAUGUGCCCUCUUGGCUAAAGGAGGGAGAAAUGUUUGGGAAAGAAGAUGGGUUGCCAAGGAAGCCGUUUGGGUGGAAAGGGAAAAACGGGCUAUAUGCUGCGGGAUUCACAAAUCGUGGAUUACUCGGCUCAUCAAUGGAUGCCAAGAGAAUCGCCGAGGACAUCGAACGGUGUUGGAAAGCCGACGCCAAGUUUUGUACUCCCUUCACGCAAUCUCUACCCUCCACGUAGACGACUCUGACUCCACUCUUCGCAAAAAAAAAAGAAAAAAAAAAUAAAAGAAAAAAGAAGUCCCCAUAAAGUUUUCAAAAAAUCGCAGAAGUUCCAUUUAAUCGCUUAUUCAAGAAUCAUCGCCUCCGCUUCUUCUUCUUCUUCAAGGAACCAGCUGGUUUAUGGAGGGAAUUAGCAGAGAGGAAAUUACCAUUCUAGCCCUCGGGAAGGAGGAAGAAACUGAAGAGUUUUUGUUCUCGUGAAGGGCAGCUAAUUUUUUUUUUAUCAUUUUUUUUUGUCUCUGGUUAGAGAGAGAAAAGGGGUGUUUGGAGACGGGAGAUUGUAGGGAGGAGAGAGAAAAAUCAAUAAACGGUGAGAGAUCUGAAAUAAUGUGACCGACACUUGAUAACCGUUAGAUCAUUUAGAGAAAGAUCGAAAACCUUUUUUUUGUUUUCGAUCCAAAUUAACUGUUGUUGAGUGGCAGUGACAUUUGUUUUAUUUAUUUAUUUAUUUA